CUUGACCAAAAAAAAAAGGAAAAUCUCUGGUUCAGUAUCUUCUCUCUCACACCUACUAUCUUCUUCUUCUUCUUCAUCGCCAGAUUCCUUUGGAGUCAAAACUCCAAGUUACCACCAAGCCCUACGUCUCUUCCCAUCAUCGGCCAUCUUCACCUUAUCAAGAAGUUUCCUUUACCACAAGCUCUACAUCUCCUCUCUUCAAUCCACGGCCCUGUUCUCUUUCUAAAAUUCGGAUGCCGUGCCGUCCUUGUCCUCUCUUCCCCAGAAUCCAUCGAAGAGUGCUUCACCAACCACGACCAAACCCUCGCGAACCGCCCCAGGACCAUCACCUCUGAUCACUUCAGCUACGGCUACAAGAACUUCGGACUAGCUCCUUACGGAGAUCUCUGGAGAACUCUCCGCCGUCUCUCCACCCUCGAGGUCUUCUCCUCCACAAGUCUCCAGAAGAACUCCUUUAUCCGUAACGAAGAAGUCUUGAAUCUCUGUUCGAGACUCUUCAGAUCAUCCGUUGACUCUAGGAAAGUGGAUCUCAAGUAUCAUUUCACGCUUCUCACUGCUCAGGUCAUGCUCAGGUUAGUCUCUGGGAGUCGUGGCGUUGAAGAGAGCGGUCCGGAAUCAGAGAAGAGGUUCUUUGAUGAUUUCAAGUCGAGGUUCUUCUCGAGCAUGUCGAUGAACGUCUGCGAUUUUUUCCCAGUGUUGAGGUGGAUUGGGUUCAAAGGUAUUGAGAAGAGAGUGAUGGAGAUGCAGAGGAUGAGAGAUGAUUAUCUCCAACGACUCAUUGAUGAUGUUCGGAUGAAGAAAUUUGAUUCAACCGGUUCGGUAGUGGAGAAGUUCUUACGCCUUCAAGAAACAGAACCAGAGUUCUACUCAGAUGAUGUCAUCAAAGGAAUCGUAGUGCUUAUGUUCAACGGCGGAACUGAUACUUCACCUGCGGUAAUGGAAUGGGCAAUGUCGGUUUUGCUGAACCAUCCUGAUAAGCUUGAGAAGCUCAGAGAAGAAAUCAAAUCUAAUGUUAAGCAUAAAGGGAUUAUACAAGACUCGGAUCUCUCGAGCUUACCUUAUCUUCGGUGUGUCAUCUAUGAGACGCUCAGGCUAUACCCUGUAGCUCCACUCUUGCUUCCUCACUGCUCAUCAAAGAGAUUCAACUUAGGCAACUACGAGCUUCCGGAAAACACAAUGUUGUUCGUAAAUGCCUGGGAUGUUCAUAGAAACGGUGAGCUUUGGGAAGACGGGGAUGUUUUCAAGCCUGAGAGAUUUGAAGGGUUUCUUGGCGAUAGAGAUGGUUACAGGUUCUUGCCGUUUGGAGUUGGGAGGAGAGCGUGCCCUGGAGCUGGAUUUGGAAUGAGGACAGUGGCGCUUGCUGUCGGAGCAUUGGUUCAGUGUUUUGAUUGGGAGAAGGUAGAUGAAGGAGAUAUAGACAUGAGGCAUGUUUUUGGUGUGGCAAUGUCUAAGGCUGAGCCACUUGUCGCGUUGCCUAAGCUACGGCCUGAUAUGGUUCCUAUCUUGUCUCAGCUCUAGUGUCAUCUGUGUUAUGCAUUAGAGUUGCUUUAGACGAUUGCUUUUUCUACAUACACAUCGACAAUAAAGAGAAUGAAUAAUGAUCAGAAAUCACAAAUGGUUACCUUAAUAGUGGAA